GCCUGUCUGAAUACAGGUAGGGAAACCAGCUGUGUCUGUGGAGCAGGUCUGACUGGAACAGAAUUCCUGAACGAGGAAGUUCCUGCUGUGACGGCGUCUCAGGGCUGCAGAGGAAACAAACAGAGAGCAUGUCAUCGUGAAAGUGACCGCAGGCUCAUCAGAGAGUGGACAGACAGACAGACAGACGUGCCUUUACAGCUCUUCAGAAUGAUGGGGCUCAUCUAUCUCAAAGUCUGGGCCUUCAUGAUCUCUGUCCACACCAUCGGUCAGGCCUACGCUGAGGUGUCUGAGAUGAAGCCUGAAGAGCUGUCCGGUCUGCCGGCUCUGCUGGACAUUACAGUGCAGGAGGGCAGCAGUGUGGUGAUCCCGUGUAAUGUGAGCGGAGCUCCUGACCGCAUCAUGUGGUACAACUCCAGAGGACAUGUUCUGGGCGGAGAAGGGUCAGGUGGUAGGUGGAUGCUGGGGAAAGACAGGCUGAACAUCAGCUCAGUUUCCUUCGAGGAUCGUGGGAGAUACACCUGCGUGGCGUGGAGCUCAGCCGGCGUCUCGAACUACACUGUGUCUCUGAGGGUGAGCUACACUCACAGCGGCCUGGGGCUCUACUACGUCAUCAUCUGCCUGGUGACCUUCACCAUCACCAUGAUCCUCAACAUCACCCGCGUCUGCAUGGUCAGCACCCACCUGCGCAAAACCGAGCGCGCCCUCAACGACUUCUUCCGCGUGGAAGGAGCCGAGAAACUGCAGAAGGCGUUCGAAAUCGCCAAACGCAUCCCCAUCGUCACGUCCGCCAAGACUCUGGAGCUGGCCAAGGUGACGCAGUUUAAGACGAUGGAGUUUGCCAGGCAUAUGGAAGAUCUGGCCAGAAGCAUUCCGCUGCCCCCACUCAUCCUAAACUGCAGGACGAUAGUGGACGACGUGUUGGACCAUCCGGCAGAGGGUGGGGGUCAGGCGGCCAUUGAAGAGAACUUGGCAUCAGUUCAGCAGAGUGAAUCAGCGGAGAGAGAGUCACUCUGUAAGGCCAGCCUGGAUGUUAAAGUUUCUGUCCACCAUUUAUCAGACACUGACCAUCCCACUGGACACAGUGAAGAGACUGAAGUUACAGUGCCUAUGCUCUAGAUUAGCGUAGAUAAAGCUAACGUUUACCAUGGCUAUAGCUAAUUACAGGAACAGUUCAGUCAAAAAAGCUAACGCUGAUAACAAUAAAUGAAAACAAACAGCCACCUGUUAGCGUGACGCAUGAUGACAACAUGCUAAUUGGCGGCUACUGACUUCCAUUCACUGUUAGCCACAUUAGCCUAUUUGGUUCAGCUGCUCCUUUUAAUGAUUUAGUCCCUACUUGAAAUGUUGUUUCCUGGUUUGAACUUGAUCACUGUUGAAUAUGGUAAAUGUUCAAGUAACAAGUAAUCAAAUUUAAGUAUUUAUGAGUAAUUAAAUCGUAACAGGUAAUAGGAUGUGUAGCUGAACAGCUGAACAUCAGUUGUAAAUGAAGUGGGUGUAAACCAGGGGUCUCAGCUUCAUACGACCCAUCAUGUAUUUACAAUUUAUCCUUAUUUCCAGCUUGCAAAUCUUUUUUUUUAUUUUCUGCAUAUAAAUAUUUUCAUCUGGUGGGUAGAUUAGCUUCACUGAUAAGACACUGUGUGUGAAUACCCAACAUAAGGUCUAUAAAAUCAGCUCAGACUGAUGAUUACGAUAUUAAAAGCAGACUGAGCAUGUGCGAAAACAGACAGCAGUACGAGGCGCAGCAAAACACUUUAGGAGCGACGCUGAAACCAAAUACAUGCUUGACGAAAUGAAGGACUUAAAUAUUCUUCAUCUUCUAGAUGAUGUCUGUUCAUAUUUUCAGGUAAAAGUGGCGCGAUGAUUUUUUUUUUUUUUUAAAGCCACAGCAUGAAGCUUGACUUUUACGUUGUGUUUGUGUCUCGUCUUCUGUGAGUUUAUUGGCUGGUUGUAAAGCAGAAAUCUGAUUACUGUCUGACUCAUGUAGACCUGGAGUUUCCCCAUUAUCUGAUUACUCAAGUGCAUGUAAAUGUGUUGAUCAGAUUACUGACAAAAUCUGAUUUUCUGCAGUUAUCGGAUUAUUAAGUGCAUUAAAAUGCACUCACUAACCUCACUCGCAUCUAGCGGGAACACCAGUGGUUCCAAAAUAAGAGUCCCUUAUAAUUUGACUGUUAAAUGUAAGCUUUCCUGAUUUAAUUGAACAGUAAAAUAGUUAAAACUCUAUGUACUGCUAAUCCUACUAUUACUAAUAAUAGUAAUGAUAAAGUAUCAUUACUCUUAUUAUUAUUAUUAUUAUUAUCAUUAAUUAUUAUUAUUGGAAGUGGUACUAAUAGUAGUAGCAGCUGUGGUCUGAGGUGACAGAAGAAUCGCUAAUAAACACUGACUAAGAUGCAUUUAAAUAAGUGCAUCUUUUAUAUAGUUAAAAUUCAUACAUGAAAAAAUGUGGGGCACAUGUAAAGACCACCUGGCUAGUGGCCCCCAGGUAAUUUGAGAUUGAGACCCCUGGUUGAAGCUGUUCAUGACCUUUGACCUGCCUGAAUGACAUGUCCAAGGUUUUACUGAUUACUGAUUGUUUAUUGUUUGUUUUUCUCUGUUGCUAAAAAUGUCCUUCUCUUUUUUUGCCUGUUAAAACACUGGGAUGUCAAUCCUACAAGAUAUAAUUGCUAUGAUUUGAUGAUUAAAGUGAUUUGGUUGUGUGUAAAAAUCAAAAACCCAAACUGAGCAGUGUUUCCUCUGUACACACAGGAAGUACUGCAGUAACUUGAAGUGACAGAUGCAGUAAUGCAGGGUCUCCACUAGAUGGCAGAUGUUCUAAUAAUAGUCUGGUGGAAGUGCUGCGUUAAACAGAUGUCAAGUUUUGUGGCCUGAACAGUGCAGUGAAAUUAUUACUUGCAUCGUUUCCCCGGAGAAUAAACACAUUAACAAUAACAAUAAAUAAUAACACCAUACAGCAUUCAGACCCCACAGGAGACAGUCAGUACCGAAGUGCUUAUAGGAGAGGCUGUUUGCUCAGCAAACAUUUGAGCCACAGGGGAAAACCGGGUACAUCUAAGUACACUAGUCAGGGCACACUAGCAGGCUCCUCUUAUCCCAGUCGGACGGAUCCACUGACGAAGGGAGGGGGGUCCAAUCUCAUGCGGGUCUUGUAAAGAAGGAAAUAUGUUAGAGGGAUCGAGAUCUUUAUAAGUAAUGUUUGUAUAUACUUAUCGUUAAGACUGUCAUGGGUUGCAACCAGGUGUAUGUUGUCACUGUAUAGUAUGUGCUGUGUGUGUUUUAGUUAUGCACCCCAGGGUUGGGGUUUGGUGUAGGCUGGGGCAGAGCUUAGAGUACAAGAGCUCCGGGUCAGCCAUUCAGAGAGAAGUCUCACCUGUACUCACUUUUAGCCGCCCGUGUAGCUCGAGUCAGCGUGAGUCAGCCUCGCAGCUGUUACUCAAACUCCCUUGUAAAUAGUGUAUAUUUUAUUGCGUUUUCUUUCCCUUUGUUCAGUGUUUUGUUUAUUUGUUUAUGUCCUCUUGUUUAAUAAAAUCACGUCUUGCA